AGGAAAUGAAGGAAAUGAGAUGAGUUCUUCUAUUGAUAUCUGGUUUUGUGGUCAUUUACACGGUAUGCGGAUGCUCUGUUUUUAUCGGUACUAAAAGCCUUGAGCAUAAAUACUGGAGAAAGUACUUCGCCCCAAGUGAUAAAGAAAGUGUACAUACAUCCUCCUAGUGCUGACCUCAUCGUGCUUCCAGAUGGUAGAUACAUGGCAUACAAGGAACAAGGUGUUCCGGCUGACAGAGCUAGAUUUUCAAUGAUUGCACCUCAUUCUUUUCUGUCCUCCCGACUUGCAGGUAUACCUGGAGUUAAGGCUUCACUGCUGGAGGAGUUCGGAAUACACUUGUUAACCUAUGAUCUUCCAGGUUUUGGGGAGAGUUCUUCUCACCCUAGCCGAACACUUCAGUCAUCAGCACUCGAUAUGCUGUUCCUAGCAAAUGCAUUGGGUCUCAACCAAAAAUUUUGGGUACUGGGAUAUUCUAGUGGAAGCCUACAUGCAUGGGCUGCUCUGAGAUUCAUUCCUGAUAGGCUUGCAGGUGCUGCCAUGUUUGCUCCAAUGGUUAAUCCAUAUGAUUCAAUGAUGAACAGGGAAGAGAAAUAUGGUACGUGGGGGAAGUGGACCCGAAGAAGGAAAUUUAUGUACUUUUUAGCUCGGAGAUUUCCGAGCUUACUUGCUUACUUCUAUCAUAGGAGUUUUCUGUCUGGAAAGCAUGAACAGAUUGAUAAGUGGCUUUCAUUAUCACUGGGAAGGAGGGACAAAGCUUUGAUUGAGGACCCUGUCUACGAAGAAUUCUGGCAAAGGGAUGUUGAGGAAUCAAUACGACAAGGAAAUGUAAAACCAUUUGUGGAGGAAGCUGUGCUGCAAGUCUCAAACUGGGGUUUCAGCCUUGCAGACGUCAAGUUGCAAAAGAAAAGGAGAGGAAGAGGCAUCCUCAAUCUACUGAAAUCCUUUUUCAGUGGAUCGCAGGAGGAAUUCACUGGUUUUCUUGGUCCCAUACAUAUAUGGCAGGGGAUGGAUGAUAAGGUUGUCCCGCCAUCGAUGACUGAUUUUGUGCACCGGAUUUUGCCUGGAGCUGCAAUGCAUAAGCUGCCAUACGAGGGCCAUUUCACGUAUUUCUGUUUCUGCGACGAAUGCCAUAGACAGAUAUUCACUACCCUUUUCGGAACCCCACAGGGCCCUCUCAACAAUACCAUAGAAGUAGUAGACGAAAUUUCGUUUGAAAAUCACACAUCAGAAUCAGCAGCAGCAGAAGAGCUACAAAUUGAUAAUAACUUUUCUUAAUUCUUCAACUGUUAGAUAUCGUUUUUUACUAUACAAGAGAAUGCUGAUGUAUAUACAUACUUGCAUAGGUUGAGCAAAUAAUUGGCAAAAAAAAAAAAAAAAAAAAGAAAUUUUAAUUUUGGUUUCUUUUUUGGGAGGGUUUAUGUAGGUCAGUAUUGGAAACUUGUGACAGAGAUGUUGGGUAAAGUGAAAAUAUACAAGAAGAGUAAUUUGCUUUGCUUCUGAAAA